UUUCUAGCAUCAUAUGUUGUGUUGUUGUAGCCGCGUUAGAUUGCUCCAUAUUGCUUAGUCCGUGUUGGAUUGUGUCAAAAUCGCAAUUUAUUAGAGUAUAUAGUGCAAAAAUAUGACAACAGCAGCAAGACCGACUUUUGAGCCUGCCAGAGGUGGACAAGGACGAGGCGAGAAAGAUUUGAGUGCAAUUUCGAAACAAUACAGCAGUAGAGAUUUGCCAUCACAUACGAAGCUCAAGUACAGAGAGCAUGGCCAAGGAACAGUCGAAGAGUUGCGAAAUCGUGACUUUAGAAAGGAAUUGGAGGAAAGAGAACGGGUGGAAAAGGAUAAAGGAUCAGGUCGUCGUGCUAUUGAACCUUCCAGAGAAUCGGCUACAUCCAGUGCAAAAAGACAGAAACUAGAUCAAGUUCCAGCAGCCAGCUUAGAUGCAGAUGAUCCACUUGAUGAAGAUGAAUCAGAUUCUGAAAGUGAUGAAGAUGACACCGCUGCUCUCUUAGCUGAGCUUGACAAAAUUAAGAAGGAACGAGCGGCAGAACAAGCCAAAAAGAAUAUGGAGAAGCGCCAGGAAGAGGAGAGAAUACGCAUGGAAAACAUUCUUUCAGGGAAUCCUUUGUUGAACUAUUCCUCGCAAAGUGGAAGAGUGGAUAUGAAAGUACGGAGACGAUGGGACGACGAUGUCGUCUUUAAAAAUUGUGCGCGUUCCGAACCGAAGAAGAAACAUGAUGUUUUUAUCAAUGACUCUCUACGAAGCGAAUUCCAUCGCAAAUUUAUGGAAAAAUACGUAAAAUAAUUUACCAACUAAGUAUUACUGCUGUAAAUAAUUUUUUAAUGCAUAUUAUUAAAUAAGUAAAAGUACUAUUAAAAGUAUUAUUAAAUAAAAGUACAGUUUUCGCUGUUCGCAUCAUAAUUCAAGACUGA